GGCUUAAUGCUACAGUUACUCUGACUGUGAGUGUAAAGACCCAAAGUUGAGGGUGAAAACAAUUCAUGUUUGAGAAAGGAGGAGUAAUUCAGAACAGAAAACGUGUAUGCUAUGGUUAACUGUUUCCCAUCAUCCGAGAAUCUCUUUUCCCACGGUGUGAAACUCAUUCAGCAUCGGGAUAAAGGAUAACGACUCUAUGGAUAUACAGAAUUCUUCACCAUGGUAAAACUCGCUAACCCCCUGUACACGGAGUGGAUUUUGGAGGCGAUCAAAAAGGUAAAGAAACAAAAACAGCGUCCUUCAGAGGAGAGGAUAUGCAAUGCAGUAUCUUCAUCGCAUGGUUUGGACCGCAAAACUGUUCUGGAACAGUUAGAGUUGAGUGUUAAGGAUGGAACUAUUUUAAAAGUCUCCAACAAAGGUCUCAAUUCUUACAAGGAUCCUGAUAAUCCUGGGAGAAUAGCACUUCCAAAGCCUCGCAACCAUGGGAAGUUGGAUGGUAAACCAAACGUGGACUGGAAUAAACUUAUCAAACGCGCCAUCGAGGGCUUGGCGGAGUCUAGUGGCUCGUCCUUGAAGAACAUCGAGCGCUUUCUGAAGGGGCAGAAAGAUGUGUCGGCGUUGUUUGGAGGCAGCGCUGCCUCCGUUUUCCACCAGCAGUUAAGAUUAGCCGUCAAGCGUGCGGUUGGCCAUGGGAGGCUCCUCAAAGAUGGACCUUUGUAUCAGCUCAACACUAAGGCAACCACUAAUGCUGAYGGGAAGGAGAGCUGCGAGUCUCUUUCCUGUCUCCCUCCAGUGUGUCUCCUUCCCCACGAAAAAGAUAAGCCAGUGGCAGAGCCCAUUCCAAUCUGCAGCUUCUGCCUUGGUACAAAGGAACAAAAUCGAGAGAAGAAACCUGAAGAGCUCAUCUCUUGUGCUGACUGCGGCAACAGUGGUCAUCCAUCCUGUUUGAAGUUUUCUCCCGAGCUAACGGUGCGAGUGAAAGCCUUGCGGUGGCAAUGCAUCGAGUGCAAAACGUGCAGCUCCUGUCGAGACCAGGGCAAGAACGCGGACAACAUGCUAUUUUGUGACUCGUGYGACCGUGGCUUUCACAUGGAGUGCUGUGACCCACCUCUUACCAGGAUGCCAAAAGGUAUGUGGAUAUGUCAGAUAUGUCGACCACGGAAGAAAGGAAGGAAGCUUUUACACAAGAAGGCAGCACAAAUAAAACGGCGAUAUACUAACCCGAUAGGACGUCCCAAAAAUAGGUUAAAGAACCAAAAUACAACAUCAAAAAGCCCCUUCAGCAAAGUCCGAACUGGCCCUGGUCGGGGUCGGAAGCGAAAGAUCACCCUGUCCAGCCAGUCCGCAUCCUCCGAAGGAGGAUACCUGGAGCAGACGGAUGUCUUGGACUUCUGCAGAGAUGGCAGCACCACCUUGAAGUUUAACAAGAAAACCAAAGGGCUUAUAGACGGCCUUACUAAAUUCUUCACUCCCUCCCCUGAUGGCCGGAAAGCUCGGGGGGAAGUGGUGGACUAUUCUCAGCAAUAUCGGAUCAGGAAAAAGGGUACCAGGAAAUCUAGCACUUCGGAAUGGCCCACAGACAAUCAGGAUGGCUGGGAUGGAAAACAGGAAAAUGAGGAGCGUUUCUUUGGGAGCCAGGAUGUCUUAACUGAAAAAGACAUGGAGUUGUUCCGAGAUAUUCAGGAGCAAGCAUUGCAGAAAGUGGGGGUGACCGGGCCUCCUGAUCCCCAAGUCCGCUGCCCUUCUGUCAUUGAGUUUGGCAAGUAYGAAAUCCAGACGUGGUACUCCUCCCCAUACCCACAGGAGUACUCAAGGCUACCCAAGCUUUAUCUUUGUGAAUUCUGCCUAAAAUACAUGAAAAGCAGAACUAUUCUGCAGCAGCACAUGAAAAAAUGUGGCUGGUUUCAUCCUCCAGCCAAUGAAAUUUACAGAAAAAACAAUGUUUCAGUCUUUGAGGUUGAUGGCAACGUCAGCACUAUUUACUGCCAGAAUUUGUGCUUGUUAGCCAAACUCUUCCUGGACCAUAAGACCCUCUACUACGAUGUGGAGCCAUUUCUUUUCUACGUGCUGACACAGAAUGAUGUCAAGGGCUGUCACCUUGUCGGCUACUUCUCCAAGGAGAAACACUGCCAACAGAAGUACAAUGUUUCCUGUAUAAUGAUUCUUCCACAAUACCAGCGUAAGGGCUAUGGCAGAUUCCUAAUUGACUUCAGCUACCUACUUUCCAAGCGGGAGGGUCAAGCAGGAUCACCAGAGAAGCCCCUGUCCGACCUGGGGCGGCUCUCGUACAUGGCUUACUGGAAAAGUGUCAUAUUGGAGUGCCUUUAUCAUCAACGUGACAAGCAAUUAAGCAUCAAGAAGCUGAGCAAGCUGACUGGAAUCUGCCCUCAAGAUAUCACUUCCACUCUGCACCACCUGCGGAUGCUCGACUUCCGCAGCGAUCAAUUUGUGAUCAUUCGUCGGGAGAAACUCAUUCAGGAACAUAUGGCGAAGCUUCGAACUAACGUCCGACCUAUAGAUGUGGAUGCAGAGUGUCUGCGUUGGACACCCGUGAUAGUUUCCAACUCGGUUGUCUCCGAGGACGAAGAAGAGGAGACAGAGGAUGGGGAGAAUGAAGAGCAACAACAGGAGAAGGAAAAAGAUCCAGAGGCCAGUAUGGUAAAACCCGUGUCGUGGGAGAAGAAAGAGCAAGAGCCUUAUUCUCCUCCAGAGAAUGAAAAAAAGCCGGACAUCGUCGCUCCAGCCAAUUCCGCCCGGCCAAACAAGCACAUCCUUCCUCUGGAGAGUCUUCCUGCCAACAAUCAGCCGUCCCGAAGAGGCCGAUGGAGCCGCAAGGGCAAAAAACUGCGGGAGCCCUUUGGGGAGAAGGAAGCCAAGGUGCCCGCGGAGGAGAAGGCAGCGGGUGGCGGCGGGCGCUGCAGCGAGUGCGAGGCCAAGCCGGCGGCCUCGCGAGGCCGCUGCAGCGAGUGCGAGGAGACGUCGGCAGCCGCGCAGGGGGGAUGCGGCGAGCGCGAGGAGAAGGCUCCGGUUGCCCGCGGCCGCUACGCGGAAGAGGAGGACAAAUCCGCGCUUUCCCCGGGGCAGUACGGCAAAGGGGAGAAGGCGGCGGCGCCGCGGCGGCGGUACAGCGAGGGCAUGGAGAGGUGGAGAGGGCAGCUCAAGAAGGGCGCCGAGCCGCUCAAGUGCCGGCUCCCCGACGACGGCGAGCGGCUGCCCCGCCGCUACAGCGACAGCAGCCUCCUGAGGUGCUUCAGCGAGAGCAGCGAGGAGGAGGAGGAUGAGCCYGUGAGUCCCCGAUCCAACUCUCCGCCCGUUCUCACCAAGCCAACGUUAAAACGAAAGAAGCCGAUUCUUCAUCGGAAGAGGCGAGUCCGCAAGCGUAAGCACCACAACAGCAGCGUUGUCACCGAAACCAUCUCGGAGACCACAGAAGUGCUCGACGAACCCUUUGAGGACUCGGACUCUGAGCGACCAAUGCCCCGACUGGAGCCCACCUUUGAGAUUGAGGAGGAGGAAGAGGAGGAAGAGGAGGAGGAGGAGAACGACCUUCUGCCCAGUGGCUACUUUCGGCACUUAACCUCCCAAGACACCCUCAGGCGCAGACCUUCUUCCAAGAGCAAGUCCAAAGAUGAGGAGGAGUCUGAUGACACUACUGGCACCCCGACCUUGCAGCAGUUAUCUGUGCUGAGGAAAGGUGAAGAAAAUGAUUCUUCACUGGAACCAGAUACUUCCACACCCAUGAAAAAGAAGAAGGGGUGGCCGAAGGGCAAAAGUCGAAAACCAGUGCACUGGAAGAAAAGACCUGGUCGAAAACCGGGUUUCAAAAUGAACCGGGAAAAAGUGAUGCCGUCUGUGCAGGGGGAGGAAGUUGAGGCAGUGGUCGCUGGCUCAAAACCAGUGCGUAAGCCCAAAAUCUCCGAUACGGAGAAUAGUGUUGAGCAGAAAGAAGAGUCGCCCCUUACUGAGGAAAGGAAAGAAGACGACGUGAAUAUGGAAGGAGAAGAGGUAGGAGAGGGGGAAGAGGAAGAUACAACCGGCAGUGAAGUAAGGGCAGUUUCUCCUGUGGACAGCAGCAGUAGUCCAGCACCAGAGGCUAAAGAGCCCGAAAUAGAGGAGGAGGUAGAGGAGAAGCCCCGGGUUUCAGAAGAGCAAAGGCAAUYGGAGGAAGAACAGCAAGAACUAGAAGAAGCUGAGCAUGACCAUGAGGAAGAGGAUGAAGUCGCGGUAGUGGCGAAUCAAAAUGAAGACCAUGAUGCCGAUGAUGAAGAUGAUGGUCAUCUGGAGUCUCUGAAGAAGAAGGAACUGGAGGAACAGCCUGUGAGGGAAGGGGUGAAGGAGGAGCCCGAGGUGCAAGAGUGUUUUUUAGAAACAAGCAUAUCAAGCAGUAGAGAGGAGGCAAAAGGAAAAGAUGAAGCAGAGGCAGAUUCGGAGGAAGAACAGGCUUCGAAUGAGACAUCGGUGGGGUCAGAGCAUGUCCCUGGGUCUGAGGAUGAUCACGAGGAAGAGCAAAGUAGUAAGGAAGGGCUGAUUGAAUUAAAGGAAGAAGAGGAGAUCCCUCAUAGUGAGCUAGAUCUCGAAACUGUCCAAGCGGUGCAGUCCUUGACGCAAGAGGAGAGCAAUGAGCACGAUGUCGCUUACCAGGACUGCGAGGAAACUCUGGCAGCRUGCCAGACUCUGCAGAGCUACACCCAGACUGAGGAAGACCCUCCGAUCUCCAUGGUCGAGGAUUGCCAGGCCUCGGAGCACAACAGUCCAAUAUCCUCCGUUCAGUCGCACCCCAGCCAGUCGGUGCGUUCCGUGAGCAGCCCAAACGUGCCCGCUCUGGAGAGCAGCUACACCCAGAUCAGUCCUGAGCAGGGAUCCCUGUCCGCACCCUCUAUGCAGAACAUGGAGACCAGCCCCAUGAUGGAUGUGCCUUCCGUAUCAGACCACUCUCAGCAGGUGGUGGACAGUGGCUUCAGCGACCUCGGGAGCAUCGAGAGCACCACGGAGAACUACGAGAACCCCAGCAGCUACGACUCCACCAUGGGAGGCAGCAUUUGCGGGAAUAACUCUUCCCAGAGCAGCUGCUCCUACGGAGGGUUGUCUUCCUCCAGCAGCCUCACGCAGAGCAGCUGCGUGGUCACGCAGCAGAUGGCCAACAUGGGCAGCAGCUGCAGCCUGAUGCAGCAGAGCAGCGUGCAGCCCGCGGCCAACUGCAGCAUCAAGUCCCCGCAGAGCUGCGUGGUGGAAAGGCCGCCCAGCAACCAGCAACCCGCAGCGCAGCCGCCGCCGCAGCCGCCGCCGCCGCAGCAGCCGCAGCCGCCGCCGCCGCCGCAGCAGCAGCAGCAGCCGCCGCUGUCGCAGUGCAGCAUGAACAACAGCUUCACGCCGGCGCCCAUGAUCAUGGAAAUACCCGAGUCGGGAAGCAGCGGUAACAUCAGUAUCUACGAGAGGAUCCCGGGGGAUUUUGGGGCCGGGAGCUACUCGCAGCCGUCGGCCACGUUCAGCCUGGCCAAGCUGCAGCAGCUGACCAACACCAUCAUGGACCCUCAUGCCAUGCCUUAUAGCCAUUCUCCUGCCGUGACUUCCUAUGCAACCAGUGUUUCCCUGUCCAACACGGGCCUGGCGCAGCUGGCCCCCUCGCACCCGCUCGCCGGGACCCCCCAAGCACAAGCCACCAUGACGCCGCCGCCCAACCUGGCGUCGGGCACCAUGAACCUCGCGUCGCCGCUGCUGCAGUGCAACAUGUCGGCCGCCAACAUCGGCAUCCCGCACACGCAGCGCCUGCAGGGCCAGAUGCCCGUCAAGGGGCACAUCUCCAUCCGCUCCAAGUCGGCGCCGCUGCCCUCGGCCGGCGCGCACCAGCAGCAGCUCUACGGGCGCAGCCCGCCCGCCGUGGCCAUGCAGGCGGGCCCGCGGGCGCUGGCCGUGCAGCGCGGCAUGAACAUGGGCGUCAACCUCAUGCCCGCCGCCCCUUACAACGUCAACUCCAUGAACAUGAACACGCUCAACGCCAUGAACAGCUACCGCAUGACGCAGCCCAUGAUGAACAGCGGCUACCACAGCAACCCGGCCUACAUGAACCAGACGGCGCAGUAUCCUAUGCAGAUGCAGAUGGGCAUGAUGGGGGGCCAGGCCUACAGCCAGCAGCCCAUGCAGCCGAACCCCCACGGCAACAUGAUGUACACGGGGCCCUCCCACCACAGCUACAUGAACGCGGCCGGCGUGCCCAAGCAGCCCCUCAACGGGCCCUACAUGAGGAGAUGAGCGAGAGCCGCCCGCCGCCCAAAAACAAAGCGAAAGACUUAAAUAUAUAUAAAUAAAGGAACCUUUUAUACUGACGA